ACAGCUGGUUUCUCCGAUCAGACGCAUCAAUUUGUGCCACCGCGUUCUUUGUUCAGGCUGCCUAACACGCUGCACAGUUGCUUUCGCUUUGCCGGAGCGCCUUUUUUCCGCUUAGGCAAUCAAAAAGAUAUAUAUAUAUAUAUAUAUAUAUAUAUAUAAAAAAAGAGUAGAGAAAAUUAAUCAAAUUUGAGAGAACUGACAGCAGGUGUGAAUUCAUGUCUGUAUUUUCACCGCAGAUAUACUGCCCAGUGUUUGUGCCUGUCCAAGAUAUGACUGAGGUGAUGAUCAGCAACACCCCCAUGGAGGAUAUGAGGCUCAGUCCAAGCAAGGACAGACUCUCCUUCCAGAUAUUUCCAGACCCCUCGGACUUCGACCGUUGCUGUAAACUUAAAGAUCGCCUCCCAUCCAUUGUGGUUGAGCCAACAGAAGGAGAGGUGGAGAGCGGAGAGCUUCGCUGGCCCCCAGAGGAGUUUCUCGUCAGCGAGGAGGAGGAAGAAGAUGAAGAGGAGCAGAACGAUUGCAGCAUGCAAAAUGGACAGCCAGCACAGAAUUCCCAGCACUAGAGGCUGGGUGGUUCAGCACCAUGUUCACUUUGCUCUUUGGUUGUGAGGGACAGUACUUUUCACACAUUGGUCACACUUCACUGGAGCAUUUCAGCACAUUUGACUGACACGUCCAGUUUCUCGUUAUGCCAUCUCUUUACCAUGACAAAAAUGUACACAUCAACCAAAACAAAAACCUCUCUCAAUUAGUACACAGAAUAUCUUCCUUUUCUGUGAGGAAAUCUAACCAAAUGGGAGUUAAAAGAUCAGAUAAAGUCUCCAUUCCUCGCCUACUUCCCAACGUGUCCAUCACCAUGUGUCAAGUCAAAGCUGAUGCCCUGCUAAAGAGCAGCAGCUUUGUGUUUCAUGAACACCUCUUCCCCUGUUAGAGGCCCUGCUGCUCUGACUCCAAAAUGAUCGGCAUCAUGACCCCAGAGUCUUUAUACCUGUGUGCAGAGCAAUUGUGGUACCUGUGGGUUAUUGUACAGUGCACUGUUAGUUUGUGUUUUUUAUUCUUGCUAUUAUUAUUGCCACUGUUGUCUAGAUUUGUCUCUUUGAUGUGAAUGUUGGUUGUCUUUGAGAAGUGGACAUUAUAGGGGGGGUUACUGGGAUUUUGUGUUCUCAGCACAGGGGGUUGCUUAGGUUAUACUUUCAUAAACUUAGUUGUUGGCAAAAAAAAAUUUGGAGCAGAAAAUGAAAGGUGCAAUUGACUAGCUUUGCAGGCUUGAUGUGCACUGAAACCAGAGUUAUGCUAUUAAACCUGUCAUCACCACAUUGGCCUCCAAGAAGUAGCACUUGGAUGACAAAGCAAAAUGUUUAAGGAUAAGCUUUUUUUGGAGGAAGCACUUGCUAAAGCAAUGUACAAAGCCAAUGAAGGAUGUGUAAAUACAUGUUCUCAGUAAGCCAAACUGGGUCUUUGUGGUGUGAUGAAUUGACUAUCUUUUCUAGUCUUCCUGUUUUUAAAACAAUCAUACUUUUGAUGCCAUAUGGUUCUGAUUCACAUAAAAAUUAGGCAAUACCUGUAACAGUACUCUUCAUUCACUGUUAUAACUAUUUACCAGAAGGUGUUUAGAAGUUUCUCUCUAUUUGUGUGGGUAUGUAAUUUACAAAUGACUUCUUGUUUUCAAGGAGUCAUAGGCUUGCAGUUCAAACAAGGUUGGAGGGAGAAGAUUUUCCUGUUUUUGUUUUUGACAGUUUGUUGCUGUUGUGAGAGCAUGAUUUAAAGUCCACCUCUUCAAUCUUUCUCAUGUUGAAGGCAUUAGGGCUGUAUACAGAACAUCCUUGUCAUGUCACUUUGCCUACAGGUCCCCACAUUGUUUUUGUAAAGCUCAGGGAGAUUAGCCACCAUCUUUCUCUUGGUGUUCCUGUUUAUUUUCUUUUUGUAUUUAGACCACUUUUCUCAUUAAUUAUUGCAAAGACUGUAAAUAAAGAAACUGAAUUUGCUAUA